UGUGGUAUCUGAGAGGUCGCCGGAGUUCAUUCUGGAGACCAAUUCGAGUCUGUAACAAAACAAGAUAUCCGCUCAUCCUGUAUCGAGGGCUGGCCUGCGGUUCGACGGCGUAUAGCGUACACAUACAGCGCCACGUAUAUCGAAACCAGCAACCAGGUCAGGAGCCUGCAAAACACGAUUGGUCGUGCGCUGCAAGCUGGCUGCCACACGCACCACCCUUUCGCCCACACUGACAUUUGGACACAUAUUCCGUACCAAGGGCAGUCUAAGGGAUGCCAUCUAGAGCCUUUCACCACAAGAACCGACAUGGCUGUAAAACCUGCAAACAAAGGCGGAAACGUUGCGAUCAAGCAAUACCAACAUGUGGCGGAUGUGCCAGACGGAGGACAGAAUGCGUCUAUGGCGACACUCUUCUCGAAGCUACCCCGAUGAGCAUGUCCACUUCACUUUCUAUCCCACCAGCGCCUUCGACGUCUUGGGCCACUGUUGAUCCUCUGCUCCGGGCAGUCAUCGCCCCUCAAAUUAGCCAUGUAGAACCAAAUGAGCUUGAGCUCAUUCAUCACUACUCAGCCACCAAUUCCACGGCAUUCACGACGAUACCAGGACUCUUUCCAUUGAGACGCGUGGACAUUGCAGGACGCACCCCAGAAUACCCGUACCUUUUGCAUGGCAUACUUGCGGUGUCGGCUCUCCACUUACAAUCCACGGCCGCAGAUAUGCCCCAGUCAAAACGCCUUUACUACGCAGAAAAGGCCAGCGUACACCAACAGGAGGCACUUUCGUCCUACAUUCCCACUUUGAACAAUAUCAACAACCGGACAUGCCACUUCGUCUUCGGGUUUUCUGCCGUUCUCGCUGGCCUCGGAUUUGGCUUUCUCUGUACCUCAGAACGAAAUGCUAUUUCCGACCCAGAGGAAUUCAUAAGCAGAAUCACCACCAUCUUUGACUUACUUCUUGGUACAGUUGCAGUCGCCAAUGCGUCCAGCAACUGGAUCAAAUCCUGCGAGUCAUUGGUGGUUCCAUUCAAAACAAUUCUAAGCCGACAGGAGGUCCCUAUCGAGGCUGAAGUACAGAACGCUUUAGAAGGGCUUUUCACAGGUAUUCAGUUGGCAAAUGCUCUCGAGGUCGAGAGACACGUUCCGCAUGCACAUAUAGACAUUUCGGUCAUAUUCAGUUCCGCAAUACCGGAUCUUCACAAGGCGUUUCGUUGCAUUGGGAGAAAAGAGCCAGACAAUUUCCUGGGAGUUAUCGGUUGGCCUGCAUUCGUCGACAGUUCCUACGUUGCACUCGUGAAACAACGCCACCCUGCAGCCCUGGUCGUCCUGGCUUACUAUGGCGCGGCACUGCAUGCAUUGGAUCAUGCUUGGUGGCUUCGUGGAGUUGGCUUUCGCCUGGUUGAAGCUGUGUCAGCAAUUGUUCGUGCUAAGCAUGGGGAGAUAUGGCAGGAUUUGUUACAAUGGCCAUCGAACAGGGUCUGGGAAUCCGUGCAUGGUGCAGCUUCCACAACUCAGCUUCGCCUGACAACCGAUACCGACAUGACCAGUCACAUCUCGGAGGCUCCCACACCUUUCGAAACAGCCUUCGUCUACACCUACGCCAAUGACUUUUCCGAGCCUUAAUAUACGGGACCUCUGUCCCUCCAUCUUCGAGCAUCAAACUCAGAGAUCGCCUGGAGCUACUUGAGUCUGUUGGCAGAAGUAGCAUCACCUACCGUAUCUGGUCAUACCCGAGGUACCUCCUGCCAGGUUCUCCUGCCGGGUCAUCUGCGCGGUGUAUCUCAA